AUGUACAGUAUACCAGCAACAAUUGUUCUCCUAUAUUACACAACCCUAGUCCAGCCGUUUCCAGUAGCCGAUGAACCACAGCCAAUUCAGUUCGAGGGCAUGCGAAGUCGCCUAGACUUGGUAGACAUCAAACCCUGGGACAAUCGCUUUGGCCAAAAAAGGGAAAUCGACCUAAAAGACUAUAUUCAUCAUGUUAAGGACGACCUUCAUGGGGAUGACAAAAAAGAUGACAAUAUAGGGGAAGCACAUCAAAGUAUAGGUGAAGAACGCCAAAAUAUAGGUGAAUCACAUAAUGAGGUGAAGAUAGAUCAAGAUAAUAUGCUCAAGCAUAAUAAUGACAAAGAACUCAAAACAAAUCAUGACAAUAAUCUUCAGAAUGAGCAUGAUAAUGAGCUGAAGCCAAAAGUACCCAAUGAAAUUAUUAAUAAAGUGACAAAGAACAAUUUAGAAAAGAUUAAUGAAGAAAAAGAAGUAAUUCUAAGCCCAGAAUCUGAUGAAAAAAGUCACAAAACACAAGAAGAAAAGAUCCCAGAAUACAAAGAUGACAAAAAUGAUAUUGAAGAACAGUUGAAGCUAAAAGAAAGUUCAUUAAAGAAGAUUCCAGAAGAUUACGAUGACAACAAGAUCGUGUGGAACAUGAAUAUCAAAAAAUUCGUCGAAAAUCCUCUAAUUCCAACUAAAAAUGAAAAAAUUAUACUUCCAGAUAGCAAACAAAUCAAGAUGACGGAAGAAUUAAAGGUCCAUCAUAAGACUAGUAACAGUGAUAUUGAUGAAAAGAUUGAAGAUGCAGAUGAAGAUCAGAAGAAGUUAGUUAAAGAAGAAUAUCAAAAGAAUAGAAAGGAAGAAGGAAAAAAAGAAGAAAGUGAAAAAAUACAGAACCCAGAAGUCAGGAAAGAAGAAGAAUUUGCUCCAGAAGUUGAUGCUAAUGAAGAAAAGAACAAAACUUUAAAGGAAGAAGAGCCAGAUGGAAAAGAUGACACGAACAAUGAAACGUAGGUUAUUAAAAUGUAACAUUAAAGCCUAUUUUUAGGUUUAAAAACAAACACAACAAAAAUGAUGACAUCAAACUAAGUCAACCGACAAUGGAAGGUAAACUUGAUUCGUAUGUAUAACUAAAACAGAGUUCUUAAACCAACCAUUGUCUUAUAAAACCAUAUUCGAUAAAGUCUAAUUGUAGGGAACUUUCAGAUCCAAUGACCCCAGUACCGUACAGCGACUUUGUACCAAAGCCAAGCGCAGAGCCUUCACUCAAAACAACUCCGAUGCCAACGACAAUUCCUAAACAAUCAACUAUAUCCCUGAAGAUAGAAGUAAAUGAUCAAGGUGUUGUCAACAAGGAUGAAGUGUCAGUUUAUCUGCCAAAGAAACACUUUGAUCGUAUAGCCGAAAUGACAAGAGACGGCCAACCUUUGGAAGUCAAAUUCAUUGACGAACAUGGCUACUUUGAUGAGAAAUUGGAGCUGGAUCCAAUCAAAGAACCACCAAUAUCAAAAACAACAGUAUCACAUGUUGAUCCCAUCACGACAGAUCAACUCAUUCCUACAGUGGCACCACCAAGUCCAACCACACCUGGUACAGUAACCGUGAAAGAGACUGUAAUGAGUUUUCUGUCAAAAUUAGCAGCUGCUCUGAAAUGUACAAAAAGAGAUUGUUCAAGUGCCAUCAAAGACAUACGAAUGUCCAAAAGGAAGCAAUUGAAAGAACAUUCAACACCACCACGAAGAAUACGACAAGCUGACACAGAAACCAGAAAGUGUUCUUGCCGAUCCUAA